AAAAUCGCGCAAUUUUAUUUUCGUCCUCGCCCGCUUUCUCUGACCGACCGGAAAGGCGCCGCCCAAACAAACGCGGAGGAAGAAGGGGAACUCGCCGCCUAGGGUUCCGCCGCCGCCUACUCUUCCGCCGAUCAAGAAGCGGGAAUCAUUGCGCGAUGCCGCAGUCGGUGCUGGUGGAGCGCGCGACGAGCGAGUCGCUCAUCGGCCCCGACUGGUCUCUCAACCUUGAGAUCUGCGACAUCCUCAACCACGACCCCUCGCAAGCCAAAGAUGUAGUGAAGACUAUCAAGAAACGGAUUGGGCACAAGAACUCGAAGGUCCAGCUUCUUGCAUUAACGUUGCUGGAGACCUUGAUUAAAAACUGUGGUGAUUUUGUUCAUAUGCAAGUUGCUGAGAAGGAUAUACUUCAUGAAAUGGUGAAGAUAGCUAAGAAGAAGCCUGACUAUCACGUCAAAGAGAAGAUACUAAUUCUGAUAGACACUUGGCAAGAAGCUUUUGGUGGUGCCCGUGCAAGAUAUCCCCAGUAUUACGCAGCAUAUCAAGAGAUGCUGCGUGCUGGUGCUGUAUUUCCUCAAAGGCCGGAGAGUACCGUGCCAAUCUAUACUCCUCCACAGACACAGCCUCUAAGGAACUAUCCGCCUUCUGCAUUGCGUAACACUGAUUAUCGACAAGAUGUGCCUGAAUCCUCUUCUGCACCAGAAGUGCCUGCAUUAAGCUUGACAGAAAUUCAGAAUGCACGUGGGGUCAUGGAUGUUCUUGCAGAGAUGUUAAAUGCUAUUGAUCCUGGUAACAGAGAGGGUCUAAGGCAGGAGGUUAUUGUGGACCUUGUGGACCAAUGCCGUUCAUAUAAGCAAAGAGUGGUGCAACUUGUCAAUUCAACGUCGGACGAGGACCUAUUAAGUCAGGGCCUUUCAUUGAAUGAUGAUUUACAGCGUGUUUUAGCAAAACACGAUGCAAUUGCUGCUGGCAUAGCCGUUCGAGUAGAAAAACCGAAAUCAGUCCCGGCCCGCGCAGACAGUUCACCAACGAAGCCCGAGCCGACAAAGGAGGCAGACCAAAGGUCUGCUAAAGUUGCCAGUAGUGUGACUCCAUUUGAGCAGUUAGCACUUCCUGCACCACCAUCAUCAAGUGCUUCAAAGUCUCAUGGAGAAUCAGCUGUUACCCCAAAUAUUGACUUACUUAGCGGUGAUGAGUUCUUCAAACCAGAACCUGUUCAUUCCCAAGCUCUUGUUCCUUUAGUGACUCAGCCUGCAGCUUCAGCUUCUUCAAGCCCCAGUACUUUAGACCUUUUAGACAUGUUUUCAGAUAGCAAUGCUAUCAAUAACACCAGCCAGAACCCUACCAUACCUUCUGUAUCUAACACAAAUCCUAAUCCAUCAGUACAAGCCUAUCCUUCUCCACAGCAACCUGUUCCACCACACCAUCCUUCACCAUAUGCUAAUGGGUUAAAUUCAGAUACAAUGACACCCUAUGAUCAAGGCUCUAACUUAACCUCAGCAAGUUCAUGGAAUGGACAGUUUGCCCAUGGAAUGAUUCCACCACAGCAGGCACUGAAUUAUGAUAGUCAAACUCUUGGCGAUUGGUCCUUGACAGGUCAAGUUGAACAAAGCAACGACCUUCCACCACCACCCUGGGAAGCUCUGCCUGCAGAAACUGAGCAAUUAGAAGCCGACCAUCCUGGUGGGUUGUCAGCUGUGCCACAAUUUGGAGUUACUCAACCCCAGCCAGUCCAAAUUACACAUCCUGGGCAGCAACUGUUACCAUCGCAACUAAUGCCAAGUGGACAACCAGGAGGGCAGUUCCAGCCUAGACUUGGGGCUCAACAACCAUAUGCUACACAAAAUACACAGUAUGGAGGAAUGUAUCCGCCAGUGCAAGGCAACCAACCAGCAGGUAUUUAUCCCCAGCAAAUGGCUGGAGAUGUCUACCAGCAACAGAUGUUUAGUGGCCAGAUGACAGGCUAUGGCUAUGGUCAGCAGCCUGGAGGCUACUACGUUCCGAACGCCGCAUAUGCAUAUGCCAGUGCAAAUGAUCUUUCUCAGAGGAUGAAUGGUCUCUCGAUGCAAGACAACAGUCUGUAUGGCACACCCGCGCCGUCUUCCCUCCAGCAGCGUAACAGGCCAAGUAGACCUGAAGAUUCGCUCUUUAGUGAUCUUGUUAGCAUUGCCAAAACAAAGCCUAGUAAAUCUGCGUCCAACAAGGCUGGUAACUUGUAAAGAUGAGUCGGUGCUUACAAGUUCCAUAUGGGGGUACCUUCUCAUAGUAUAUAAAUUCUUGGAUUUUUUUUUACUUAUUUGAAAGUGGUAGGCGAGAUUUGUAGAUUCUGAGAUUGAUAGCGAUUGUUUUUUCAAGAAAAAGUUUGUUUACCAUCAUUCUGUAGCCUUAAUGUCUUGUGUACAUAUAAAUGGAGGGAAAAAGAAAAAAGAGAGGAGUCCAGUAUGCUGUCUCUCCUGGUAAUUCUGGCAUCGGACUUCUGAAUAUCAGACCCUGUUCCUGGUUUUGCU